AUGAGUGGUACUGAAGAACAUGAGAAAGAGUCCACAGCGCCCGCGCCACCCCCCCCACCACCGCCUCCCGAAGACAACCACCAAGAAGAUAGCGACGACAAUGACGAAGAGGAUCAUCACCGGUAUGAUGGCGAGGACGAUGACGAUCCAUUUGGCGGGUUUGGUGGCCCUGGAGGUGCCGUGCACGGUCUUUCUAACACGCUCCGGGCUUUGACUGGCAUGGUCUCGGGCCUUUCUUCUCGAUUACGCGAAGUUCUGAACAACAUCCGGCAAAAAGAGGACCUCACCAUACAGUUGAUUGCGUUGCAAGAGCUCUCGGAGAUUCUUCUGGUUUCCAACGAGGACAACCUGUCGGGUCAUUUCUCGCCUGAUGCAUUUGUGAAAGAGCUGGUGGCUUUGAUGCAACCUAAUGAGAUCACGGGAGAGGAAAACCCAGAGGUUAUGCUGUUGGCUUGCCGGUGUUUGGCCAACUUGAUGGAGGCUCUGCCGGCCAGCACGGCCAACGUUGUCUACGGCGGAGCAGUUCCCCUCCUUUGCCAGAAGCUGCUCGAAAUCUCCUUCAUUGACCUUGCCGAGCAAGCCCUCAGCACGCUGGAGAAGAUUUCGAUUGAGUACCCUUCUGCCAUUGUUCGGGAAGGAGGGCUGACUGCAUGCCUAUCGUACCUGGAGUUCUUCGCCACCAGCACCCAGCGAGUCGCAGUCACCACGGCUGCCAACUGUUGUCGUAAUAUCCCUGAGGAGUCUUUCCCUGUCAUACGCGACGUCAUGCCCACGCUUCUGAAUGUUCUAGGGAGCAAUGAUCAGCGGGUCGUCGAGCAGGCCUCAAUAUGCGUAUCACGCAUUGUCGAGAGCUUCAAGUAUCACUCGUCUAAGUUGGAGGAGCUUGUGAGCGUUGACUUACUUCGGGCAAUUCUUCGCCUGCUGCUUCCAGGAACUACCAACCUUAUUGGGCCCAAUAUUCACACACAGUUCCUUCGCGUUCUCGCCUUUACCGCCCGUGCAAGCCCACGUCUCUCGGCCGAUCUUUUCAAGUUGAAUGUGGUUGAGACCCUUUACCAGAUUCUCACUGGCGUCUCCCCUCCUAGCGGCACCGACGAUGUUGCCUCCAAGCUUGACAGUGUGCUCAUUAUGCAGGCUUUGAUUCAUCGCCCACGAGAGCAAAUCAUUGAGACGCUCAACGUUAUUUGCGAGCUCUUGCCAAACUUGCCCAAGUCUGUAGACCCUACAGCAGGCGACCUCAUCGACAUUGGCUCGCCGGCGGAACCCAUUACACCGUCCUCUGUCGGACCUCGUAAGAAGACUUCAAACGAGAAACGGGUCGAGCUCCUCGACGGCUGCAAAGAUGAAGUUCGGCGGUUUACCCUCAUUCUCUUUCCGACCCUCACCGAUGCUUUUUCAAGUACAGUUAACCUCACCGUCCGACAGAAGGUUCUCACUGCCCAACUAAAGAUGCUUUCCAAUCUGGAUGAGAAGAUUCUAGUGGAGGCUCUCAAGCCUGUGCCUUAUGCAUCUUUCCUAGCUUCCAUUUUGUCUCAGCAAGAUCAUCCUUCGUUGGUCAUGCUUGCGCUGCAAGCCACCGAGCUGUUGAUGACCCGUCUGGAUUCUGUGUACCGUUAUCAACUUCACCGCGAGGGCGUAAUAUCGGAAAUCACCAAGCUUGCAACAGAAGAGCCCGAGCCCGAGACAAAAUCUAUUGCAGCCAAUGACUCUGCUGAGACUCCGGAGCCCUCACAUGAAUCGGAGGUUGCAAUUGAGCCAGAGGCUGAAAGCCGUUCCUCUGCAGAGCCUGCUGAUGUGCCUUCCGAGCACGCCGACUCUGAGGCCGAAGAUGACGACGGGGAUGAUGAUGAGGCCGAGGAAGAGCCUUCGCAUCACUCGUCUGACGAUGACGACGAAGACGAUGAACAGGAAAACGAAAACGAUCAUGAGCGUCACCGAGAUGAUAUGUCAGGCUCACCAGUGAGCUCGGAAGGCUCCACCAUGUCGAUUGAUGGGCCUCCGCGACAUAUUGUAUCGGAUAUCCAGUCCACAAAAUCAAGAAUUGCGGAAGUUGCGAGGAAAUUUCUCGAAACGCACGAAACGGAGAAGCAGGGUAAGAGCAUGAAGAAGAAGGCUGCUAAAAUUCUAGCAAGCCUCUCAGCCUUGGCUGUCGAUAUUGAGGCUUUCUACCUACACCGUACCUCAGGGAACCUCCCUAUUGGCAGCGGCACUGAGCUCUUCAAGAAGCUGGCAUCUUAUUUUGACUCUGACGUGCUGGAGAGCGUUACAAGUGCGGAACUGCUCGCAUCUGGAGUUGUCCGCGUUCUGGAACUGGUUUUCAGCAACCCGGAUGAGCAGCUUGCCGUCGCCGCCCAGUCCGCAUUUCUCCAGGUUUUUAUGGGAUACACCGUCAAGUCGAAACCAAAGACUGCCACUGCAGAUUCCCCCGCGACCCCUCUGAGCGUCAUGAUCCACAAGCUUCAGGACUUAUUGAGCAGGUCGGAACAUUUUGAGGUUCUCACAGUCCACAACAACUCAUUUGAGGGAAAUCGGAGCAGCGCAGCAUCAAUGCUUGCCAAGCAAAUCCGUCUCAAACUGGUAGCAGAUGAUGAAUCGAACGUUCCUGUUCCUUAUCGGAACAUUAUGGUUUCGAUCCACGCCAUUACAACUUUCAAAUCCUUGGAUGACUAUCUGCGGCCUAGAAUCAGCGUUGACCGAUCUCGCACCGGGGCGCGGAGGGAUGCAGUGUCAAGAGCCUUGGCUGCCAUGGCCGGCUCUAGUCAUCCCUUGAGCGCGGCAGCUGCCCGACUAGUAGAACGUGCCAUGCCACCUCCCGGCCAGUUGACGCCAGGACCACCUCUUCCGACAGCGCCUUCCCAACAGCCAAGCUCGCGAUCGUCGCGAAAGUCAAAGUCGAAAUCCACGCCCGGCCCCGAGCCACCUUCGACGCCGGAUCCUCCUGCUUCUAGAGAGAAGGCUGUCUUGCGCAGGUCCUCGCGUCGACAGACGGCGUCAGAAGCUGCGCCUCCACGUCCUCCUCCGGAUGACGGCGACGACCUCCAGAAUGCACUAGAGUGCGCUGAUGAAAAGCAGCUAUCGGAUGAUGAGGACAUGGGCGAGGGAAGCGCCCUUAGCGUGGUUCGUGACCUUGACGAAGGAAUGGAGGAUGCCCCAACGCCUGAUGAUCCAUCGGCUGUCUCCUUGGAAGUGGCAGCUGGUGGUAAGAUCACUGCCCGGAAGGAAGACGGAACUCGAGUCCCCACGCCGUCUCAGACGCGGUCUGCAACAUCGUUGCCAAGUCGAGCGAGUGCCUGGACCGCCGCGUUGCAAAGCACCCCCACGCCUUCUGCAUCUUCACGACCAAUGUCGUACGCCGCCGCGAUCCAGGCCGUGCCCCAAGACUGGCAUAUUGAGUUCAGUCUGGACGGAAAGGUUAUUCCGAAUGAGACGACUAUCUACCGCGCAGUCCACGGCUCUGCUUCGUUAUCCGAUGAUCAUCUGAGCCGAAAUGUGUGGUCGGCUGUACAUCCAAUCAAGUUCAAGCGAGUGCGUGGUCCUCCUCCUGCCGAGUCCAUCCCAUUUUCGUCAUCUUUCGACGCAGGAUUGGAAACAGAAGAUGGUGGCACACCGGGAUCUCUUGCAAAGUACCCAACCACGGCAUCCAUUCUUCGGUUGUUGAAGAAGCUGCACGAUCUGAAUGCCAAUAUCGACGACGUGCUCGUCGAGAACAAGGAGACGCUAAAGGUUAACGUCGAGCCACUGUCCCAGUUUGUCAAUACAAAGCUCACGGCCAAGCUGAACCGCCAAUUAGAGGAGCCCCUGAUCGUGGCGAGCAACUGUCUUCCAAGUUGGAGUGAGGAUCUGGCGAGACUCUAUCCAUUCUUAUUCCCAUUUGAAACACGUCACCUUUUCCUGCAGUCUACUUCUUUUGGCUAUGCCAGAUCUAUGAGUCGCUGGCAGAAUGCUCAGUCUCAGGAAGAAACUCGGAGGGACCGUCGGGACGAGCGGCCAUUCCUUGGACGCCUGCAACGCCAGAAGGUUCGGAUCUCUCGGUCUAAGAUUCUUGAAUCGGCUGUCAAGGUCAUGGAAUUGUACGGCGCCUCCCAAAGCAUCCUCGAGGUCGAGUAUUUCGAGGAAGUCGGUACGGGUCUUGGCCCUACACUUGAGUUCUACUCCACGGUCUCGAAGGAGUUCUCAAAGAAGAAGUUGAAGCUUUGGCGCGACAAUGACCCCAAUAGAGAUGAUGAAUUUGUCUCUGGACAGAACGGAUUGUUUCCCCGGCCAGUUAGUGACGAAUUCGUGACCACAGAAGAAGGCGAGAAGAUCCUGCAGCUCUUCAAAGUCCUGGGCAAAUUUGUCGCGCGCUCCAUGAUUGACUCUCGCAUCAUCGACAUCAACUUGAACCCGAUUUUCUUCCGAAUCGACAACGAGUCCAACGCUGUGCGCCCGUCCCUGGGAGCGAUUAGGUCUGUUGAUCCAGUCAUCGCAAGGUCUUUGAUGACAAUCAAGAAGUUUGCCCUAGCUAAGAGGGAAAUCGACGAGGAUCCAACUCGCACGGCGGCCCAGAAAGUAGCAGAUGUGGAGAGUAUCGUGGUUGAUAAGAUUAAGCUUGACGACUUGUAUAUCGAUUUUACCCUCCCAGGGUACCCGGAUAUCGAGCUGAUCCCCAAUGGAUCUCAGACCAGACUAACGAUGGAGAAUGUGGACCUGUUCCUUGAGAAGGUCAUUGACAUGACGCUCGGAAGUGGUGUUCGCCGCCAGGUUGAGGCGUUUCGGGCAGGAUUUUCUCAAGUCUUCCCAUAUUCGGCCCUCAGUGCCUUCACUCCUGAUGAGUUGUGCAAUCUCUUCGGCCGCGUGGAUGAAGACUGGUCUCUCGAAACACUUAUGGACUCAAUCAAGGCAGACCACGGGUUCAACAUGGACAGCAAGAGCGUCAAAAACCUACUGCAGACGAUGAGCGAGCUUACUCCGGUACAGCGUCGCGACUUUUUACAAUUUACCACAGGAAGCCCAAAGCUUCCCAUUGGCGGCUUCAGGAGCUUGACGCCAAUGUUUACAGUGGUAUGCAAGCCGAGCGAAGCGCCAUAUGCUUCGGACGACUAUCUCCCGAGCGUCAUGACGUGUGUCAAUUACCUCAAAUUGCCCGACUACUCAAACAUCGACGUGUUGCGUAAGCAGCUCUUUACCGCCAUCAAGGAAGGUCAAGGAGCUUUCCACUUGUCGUAA